ACUGUUUUAGGUCAGAUGUAGUCAGUCGGCAACGGGCAAAGGGUACGAAUGCGUUACGUGAAUCCUAAAAGUGCCUCAGCAUCAAGGCUUCAAGGCAUGUUGAUUAUCCGGUUUUCAACUGAAACAGCGAAGGACGAGUUUCUCGGUGCGGUAACAACCAGGAUUAUACCGAGGAAGUAACGUCAACGUUUAGGGACACGAGAGAAGCUGCGAUUGUUUUGGACAUACCCUCUCCACCUUUGUGCCUGUGACAGUUGUGAUUACCUUCCAUGGAUGUGUCAGAUUCCUGAGCAGGAAGGAUGACAUCGGAGGCUGCGGUCUCCACAUCUCCUGCCAUCAGCAGCAGCAAACCUGUCAACAGGGACUACCACUUCCUUCGCUCCUUCGCAGCUGGAGGUGUUGCAGGAUGCUGUGCCAAGACUACCAUUGCUCCUCUGGACAGAAUCAAGAUUCUUCUUCAAGCCCAGAACCCCCAUUACAAACAUCUAGGGGUGUUUGCCACUCUCAAAGCUGUGCCAAAGAAAGAAGGCUUCCUUGGCUUGUACAAGGGUAAUGGGGCAAUGAUGGUCAGGAUAUUUCCAUACGGAGCCAUCCAGUUCAUGGCCUUUGACAAGUAUAAAAAGCUUCUCAGUAAACGGGUUGGGAUCUCUGGACACAUCCACCGCCUCAUGGCGGGAUCUAUGGCAGGGAUGACUGCGGUGAUAUGCACCUACCCUCUGGAUGUGAUCCGGGCUAGACUGGCCUUCCAGGUGACAGGAGAGCAUCGCUACACUGGCAUUGCCAAUGCCUUCCACACCAUCUACCUCAAGGAGGGGGGCGUCUCUGGCUUCUAUAAGGGACUUGUUCCAACACUUAUUGGGAUGGCUCCUUAUGCAGGUUUCUCAUUCUUCACCUUUGGCACCCUGAAGAGCCUCGGCUUGAAGCAUUUCCCGGAGCUGGUGGGACGACCCUCCUCGGACAACCCCGAUGUCCUCAUUCUGAAAACCCACGUUAACCUGCUCUGUGGAGGGGUCGCCGGUGCCAUCGCUCAGGCAAUAUCGUACCCCUUGGAUGUGGCGAGGAGAAGAAUGCAGUUAGGAACCGUGCUUCCUGACUCUGACAAAUGUGUAUCAUUGAGCAAGACCCUGAAGUACGUGUAUAACAAGUACGGGAUCAAGAAGGGAUUGUACCGAGGCCUUUCUCUCAACUUCAUCCGCUGCAUCCCGUCCCAGGCCGUUGCCUUCACCACCUAUGAGUUCAUGAGGCAGACCCUCCACCUAAACUAGUCGCUGAUUUUAUACCAUCCGAGUUUCACCUGUGCCGGUCCGCUCCGAGUCAUUAAGCAGAUCAACCUCAACGCUUCCAUCGUAGAGAGAUCGGAGGCGCACUCGCUACGUCUUAAACUCUUCGGUGUGGGAAUCGCCUUUUCCUUGAGUUCACUGAAGGCACCAGGGAGGUCAGUUAACGCUGAAAAAAGGAAACGGGAUAUCAGGCAGUAAGGGACUCCAUGUCUCUCCUAUUUCAUUACGUCUUACUUCCUGCUUUUGUGUGUCGCCACUUCUUAAGAGAAGAUUUAAUCAAAUGCAAGAUAUGUGGCUUGAAUUUGAGCAACUCCCUCAUCAGUGUGUGUGAAUCCAGUAGGUUGGUUGGUUGGUUGGUUGGUUGGAUGGCUUGGGGCAAAGAUUGUUGUCACAACAAGCCACGGAUUGUGCAGAAGCUCCCUCAUUCAUACAGAUGUCCUCUUAAUCUUAAUGGUUUAAGAUGGACUCCAGCUUAAAAUGAUCAAAUAUGCAGUUUCUUCCUAAUCAGUUCCUUCACAAAGAAGUUGAACUCAGUGAAAUACAUCAUGUUCUUCUUUUUACCGACUUGGUGAUGAAAUGCUUGACUUUUGUUGCAAUAGUUUUUUAAUAAUAUGAUUUGUAAUGUUUUGUUUUCUCAGAGUUUAGGGUGUCUUUACAUUUAGGGUGCAGGUUUUGGGUGCAAUUUCUUUAGAAGAAGUUUGCUUGUGUGUCUUUCCCUUCGUCCUCUACACAAAUCUAAAAUUAAUAUAAAUAACCUGAAGUUUAAAAAAAAAGAAAAUUAUGCAGUGUCUGAGGUGGCACAGUUUAAGACAAUUUAACAUUUUAUUGCCCAACCCUGAAUUUGAGCACUUUCUGCAUGUGAUUUCACUGCUGAACAACUUUUUUUUGUUACUAUGCACUCAGAUUAUUUUAGUUUGUGGAUGUAAUAAUAUUAAUUGAUGUAGAUUGUUUCUCAGCUGUGAUCUGAAAGAUAUUUUGAGGUUAAGGUGUUUUUACCAUGAUAUGGAUGUAGGUCUGACCUGUCUGGAGGGCCGUGAAGGGAUCCAGGAGAAAAUUGCACUUCAUCACUGCAGCUUCUUCUUCAUUUAUUUAUUGAUUUAGUGACCUGUUGCCACUGGGUGGCAGCAUUGAGUAUGAUUUGUAUUAUUUACCGUCAGAGCUGAACACAACAUUCAUACACGUCUCAUACAUCUCUCCACAAAGCAAGUCGCCACAUAGUGAGUAUAAUAUAUGCAGUGUUUUUAACCCAGGUCGGCUGAAACUGCUCGUGAGAGCUUCUGUAUGGCUUUUUGGGAGUUAUUGCCCCAGAAAUGCUCAUCGCUGAUGAAUGAAAUAGUUGUCUAACGACUUUCGAUCUCGAGUGCACCGCUGGCCUUCGUGUUUACGUGAACCUCGUCAUCUUCCUCCUUCAUUCAGCCUCUCGCCUUCCUCUGCAUACGAUGUCUUACUUCACCGGAGUGAUGAAUGUGUUUAAUUUGAGUUUCUCCGCAUGGUUUCAGUUGAUGCCUCUGCUUUUAGAUCGCUGUAUAUGAAUGAAGGGAGGAGAAUUGCAAUUUUGAUUUGUGUAAAAUGAAGCAUGUCUAUGUACGACCACUCAUCACAGUUUGCUUAUAGCUGCCAGAGUCAUUUGUUUUCUCUUUAAACUUCUCAGAUUGUUUCAUUUGAAUAAUUGCUGGAGGCCCAAAGAGGUAAAAUGUACCCAAUAUUCCACAAAAAAAAGCAAAAAUUAUAGGGAAUAAUCUGUCAAGAAGUCUUGCAUACGCUGGGACACCACACUCGAGCAUUACGAGGAGACGUCACAUUCAUUCUUUUACUAUAUUUAAAUACACGAGGAUUUCACUUGGACCGCUGAACACUUUAAAAGACAUUCACUGUUGGAGGAAGUGGGGUGUGGAAAAGUCUUCAGUCACCUCUCAGCAGCUCCUCAGUUGGAUGUUUGCCACCCAUCAACUGGAACAAAAAAAACAAAACGCUGCCACAGUUAGAUUGCUAACCAGAUCAUUCACAGGGAAACCAAAAUGUUUCUUGUUGGAAAUCACCCGGCCGCUCCAAACGGCUCGACACCUUGUGUGUGUGUGUGUGUGUGUGUGUGUGUGUGUGUGUGUGU